CAUCUGCUGAUUCACUCCUCAAGUGGCCCUACCAGCCAGGUUUAGGCCAACCUAAAGCCAGGAGCCCGAGAUCCCAUCUGGGUUCCCCACAUGGGUGGCAGGAACCCAAGCUUGAGAUAUCUACUGCCGCUUUCCCAAGCACAUUGGUAAGAAGCUGGAUUGGAAGUGGAGUAGCUGGGACUUGAACCAGGCACUCUGCUUAUGUGGGAAGAGGGUGCCAAGUAUCCACCCCAGAGGUUCCUUCUUAAAGGGCCAUCCAAGUAGCCUCCUCCACAGGGGACAAGCAAGUGGGACAGCUUGGGGGUCCAAGCAAGGCACACGAGCCUCUCACACUAGCUCCAGGGGCGCCCUGGGAGUCUCCCAGAGCAUUGGGUGGGAGGCACUGCACACCCAGGGCAUGAACAUUUGGAAAGUGGGGCUCCAGGGGCCUUCCUCCAGGGGCUCUUUUGCCCGCCAGGACUGCUGUGGCCCCCGACACCCUUCAGUCGCUUUCUCCAGAGAUCCUCCUGCUGACAUUUCCUCCUCUACAAAGCGACGACAAUGAUCAUGACAAGGAAAGCACUUUGCAGAAGGUUGGGCUCCUCUCCAUGCCCCAAAACCCUUGUGCACAGGCACAGUCGGGAGGCUGCGCGUGUGCGCCAGCAGUGGGGGCGGGGUGAGUGGCAGGGAGACUCGGGAGAUGCCAGUUCCCUCUCAACCCGGAGAGGCUGGACAAGAACCAAAGGAAGGAACUUCAACCCCCAAUUCCCCCAGACAACCCCUUCCCCUUCCUUUCUCUCAAAAUGACGACUUGGGGCCCAGCUUUCAUUCUGGCUGAGCAGCAGGCAAGAAGGGGAAGUAGGAAAGAUAAAUCCGGUCCCUGCCCUCCUCUGUGGGACCAGAAGUCCUCUCCAGGCACGCGAGCGCUGUCCCUGCCCACGGUCCUCUGGGUGACAGGCACAGGCACCAGGGACACUGCCCAGGGCUGGGCCACUGGGUGACCGCAGCACAGAGGCCAGGAUGGCCCUGUAAGGCAGUACGGGGCCCUGCUUCCUGGGCUCGGGUCACACAGCAAGGUGCCAGCGGCUCCCAGCCUGUCUGACUCCCCAGGAGAAGGAAGCCAGGCCUUGACCCCGUUGUGCCAGGGACACAGCCAGGGGGGUCCCCGGGGCCGUGUUUCCCAGCAGGCAGGCUGGCUAAGUUUGGGAAGCCUCUGGCCACCCCCAGCCAGGUCUGGGCUGGUUCCUGCCUCUGCAGGCUGUAGGUGGUGACUCAGCCUUCCAGCUCCCCUCACCACUCCGCCUGAGAAGGCUGCUGGGGGGAGGGGAGGCUGAAGGUCAUCUGAAGGUCAUCCCGAGACCAGAGGAGCUAUUCAACCCCUGCAGCUGCAGCUCUCGUUAGCCCCUUCUUCUAGGCUGAGCUGCUUCUGCUAAGGAGCUGACCCUGAGCUGUCGCCCUAACUGAAAAGAAAAAACUGGCAGAUUGUCCUUGCUGCGGGGUGGGGGCCAUCCGUGGUUUUGCGCCUGGUGCACCUGCCAUAGAGAUGGGCAGUGGAUGUGCGGUACCAGGGCAACACCCCGGGGCUUUGGGCUCAGCACUGGCCAUGUCUUCCUGGUCAAUGUCCCUGCCACUCCUGUGAGCCACACUGAGCAGGGUGAGGGUCUGAGACAAGGGUCUGAGCUCACCUGAGAGGGGUGGGUCAGGGGGAAUAGGGGCUGGGGACCUGGUCCCAAGGUUGCCUGUGCUGGCCUCAGCAGGGGGGGCCCUGUCCCUUGCCCCAACCACGCUGUCUGCCUGCUCAGGCUGGCUGUCCUGGGCUGUGCAUGGGCGCCAUCUCAUGGCCACAGGCCCUCAGAGCAGGAAGACACCUCUGCAGGUGGCUGGGACUGAGAUGCAUGUCCACCCCCAGGAAGCCCUCGAAGCUGCUCCCAUUCCUGGUAAGGACGGUGACCCUCCCUGGCAGAAGUGGCCGUGGGAGGUCAUUUUGAGGACCCAGAGAAGGGCUGGCUGCUGAAGGCCAGGCCACCUUGCCCUCCUGGGCCCCAGCACAGGGCUAAUUCAGACCAGGAGGUCUGUGCUCCCAGCUGGCACAAGUGACUUCCCAGCACAGACCUGAAUAAACAGUAGGUGCUCAAUGCGUGCAUAACUGAUCAAGUGUUUAUCAGGCAGCCCCAACCUGAGUUUUCUCCGUUUGGUCCAAAGUUGUGGCUCCUGCUUGCUUCCUCAAUCCCCUUGCCUAUAAAAUGGGUUUGGAAGGAGAUGGGUGCCGGGAUGGGCACCUCGGCUCUGACACUCUGGGGCUCCUCACAGGGUAAAAGAGUUCUUGCUCCUGUGUGCCAGUCCCAUCUCUCAACUCGCUGGUGUUCCGGGUGACAUGUUUGCUGGGGAGGCUCAGAGAGGAGAGGAGCUUGUCCCGAGUAGCCCAGGAGCCCAGGCCUCAGUCUCCCAGGGCCGUGUGCUUCCCCUGCACCACCCUGACCCGCUGCAGCAAAGCCCACCUCCCCCAGGUCGCCCUCCUUGAUUGCCAGCCUCCACCCUCGAGCUGGCCUCCCUGGGAGAGCGGGGAGCCGCCUCUCCUGCUCUGGAGGCCUGGCCAUGGUGGCAAGGCUGGGGGGCACUCAGGAUCCCACCCCAGUGAGCUCUCAGGGACUUCACUGUAUCCCCACUGCCCACCCCUGUCACUCAUGGGCCCCCAGCCUGCUGUGUGGAAGGGGCACUGUGGGGGCGAGGCAGGAGCUGAUGUCACACAGGGGGAACUCAACAGGUGCUUGUGGAGCAGGGGGAGCAUACUGAGGAGGGCAGGGGAGGGGGCUGCGUGAGCGGGCACUGAGUGGCCAGCGCGUGGAGGGAGGGGAGAGGGACAUGGCAGCCACUCACGGAGGGUGGGAGGGAGACUGCCUGGCUGUUACAGCUGAGGUGGGGACAAGAAGUCUUUAAUCAAACACCUGCCCAUUUGACAGAUGAGAAGACAGGGAGGGCUGAGGAGAAAGAGCUGCUGGGUCCAUGGCUCUGACCCCCACCGCCCUCCCCGCCGUGCUGGGGCAGGUUCCGGGAAAGCGGGGGCUAUUUCAGUCAUUGAGGGCCCUGCCAGGAAACAGAGGAAGCCAGCGCCUGUCGGAGCUGGCCUGCACAGCCAGGCUGAGGGUGAGAGCCACAGGUCUGCAUCCCUUCGCCGGAGCACAUGUGAGACGUGGCUGCGUAUGACAAGACUGCAGCCAAAAGAAGGACCGUGGCCUGGGAAGGUGGAAGAGUUGGACCCCAUCCUCAGAGAGUGCACGAUGUAGAUGCCCAGGCAGGCAGCCAUGGCGGGGGACAACGGCACCGUGCAGGUCCUGGGCUCACCGCCCACCACCUGUGUCUACCGCGAGGACUUCAAGCGCCUGCUGCUGCCACCGGUGUACUCGAUGGUGCUGGCGGCCGGCCUGCCGCUGAACGCCUGCGUCAUCGCCCAGCUCUGCGCGUCCCGCCGGGCGCUGACCCGCACCGCCGUGUACACCCUCAAUCUGGCCCUGGCCGACCUGCUGUACGCCUGCUCUCUGCCCCUGCUGAUCUACAACUACGCCCGCGGGGACCACUGGCCCUUCGGCGACCUCGCCUGCCGCCUCGUGCGCUUCCUCUUCUACGCCAACCUGCACGGCAGCAUCCUCUUCCUCACCUGCAUCAGCUUCCAGCGUUACCUGGGCAUCUGCCACCCGCUGGCCCCCUGGCACAAGCGUGGGGGCCGGCGGGCCGCCUGGCUGGUGUGUGGCGCCAUCUGGCUGGCUGUGACAGCCCAGUGCCUGCCCACCGCCAUCUUCGCCGCCACAGGCAUCCAGCGGAACCGCACCGUCUGCUACGACCUGAGUCCACCCGCCCUGGCCGCCCACUACCUGCCCUACGGCAUGGCCCUCACGGUCAUUGGCUUCCUGCUGCCCUUUGCCGCCCUGCUGGCCUGCUACUGUCGCCUGGCCCAGCGCCUGUGCCGCCAGGACGGCCCAGCAGGGCCCGUGGCCCAGGAGCGGCGUGACAAGGCGGCCCGCAUGGCCGUGGUGGUGGCGGCUGCCUUUGCCAUCAGCUUCCUGCCUUUCCACAUCACCAAGACAGCCUACCUGGCAGUGCGCUCUGUGCCGGGUGUGCCGUGCCCGGUGCUGGAGGCCUUUGCUGCCGCCUACAAGGGCACGCGCCCCUUCGCCAGCGCCAACAGCGUGCUGGACCCCAUCCUCUUCUACUUCACCCAGAAGAAGUUCCGCCGGCGGCCACAGGAGCUACUCCUGAAACUCAGGGCCAAGUGGCAGAGGCAGGGCCGUGGAGUCCACUAGGACGGGACACUGGGGGCCUGGGCACCCGUCCUGUGUGGUGCUGUGGCUAGGGUGCCAGGAGCCCCAGCAAGCCAAAGCCUGCUGAGAGUUAGAGCUCAGCCCAGCUGGGCACGGAGGAGGGUCCCUCACAGGCCCCAGAUCGUACCAGCAAGUAUUUAUUGAAGCUUUUCCCUGGAGGCGGACAGGGCUUGGUCUGGGCCUGGGCCUGGCCCCCGAGAAGCUCGGAGCAGCCACAGAGAGCUGGAGAACUGUGAAACUGUGGUGAGGCCAGUCCUGUGACCAGGCCUGUGCUACAGGCCCCCGGGGCACCGGUGCACGGUGAAAGGGGAGCUUCUGGAAAGCGCAUGCGAGCCAGGUUUGGAGGGGUGAAUAUAUGCUCUCCAUCCAUUCAGCAAAACCCAACUGACAGCUUG